UAGAAUUUAGGAAGAGAUGUGCCUCAUUCCUUUAACCAAUUGUAUCGUAGUAUUAAUAACAACAACGAAGUGAUUGCCAAAACAGAACUGAAACGCAGUAAAGGGGUCAUAUGAAAAUGACUGUUUUGCAAAAAACAUUCAACAGCCGUUUUGGUUUCUGUUAAAAAAUAUUACCUUGAAUCAUAAACGAACCGCUGUAGUCGUAGUAAUCGUAUUAGAAAUAGCAGACUGACCGACUGAUCAGCUGAUUAGUGUAUCGAUGAGCCACCGCCCCUGUUAUCACCUUUUAAUUUCGAAUGUCACAGCGUAACAACCCAGCAGAAUUCCAAGCAAGGAAUCUUGGGGACAUGUUGUUCGAAAGUUCAAAGUUACGAUGCCAAUCUUUUCCUGUGUCUGCACGAUGCACCUAACUUAGUGAUCAUCCACAGGUUAAUCAUUUUUCUGAUUCAUCGGUUGUCGCUAGCGGAAAGUUACAAUAAUAGGGCUUUUUUAUUGAGAUUAAGCGGUGGUUUACGACAGCCAAGAUGCCUGACACCGGAAACGGAGGAGUGAUAACGAUGUAUCGACACUUCGGCGUGGCCAAGCACAACUUACCGGUACCGUACAAAGGUUCAGUCGGAUGUAAAGUACAGGUGGGACGUGUCUUUGAGCUGCGCGGAAUAGUUACGGGUUCAAAAUGUUUUCACUUCAACCUUAAGCAUAAUGAGGAAACAGUAGCUCUUCAUGUUAAUCCACGCCUCGAAGACAAUCAGCUCAUACUCAAUUCGUAUGAAAAGUCCGACUGGCAGAAAGAGGUACGUGUAGACGACCUAAGCAUCGUACCAAACAAACCGUUUGUGAUUACGAUUCUUGUCGAUACCGAGGAUUAUAAGAUAGCGGUCAACGGGGAACAUCAAUACUGUUUUAAACAUCGGAUCGACUUCCAUAAAGUAAAUCGUAUUGAGGUGGCAGGAGGCAGUGGACUCAUUAUCUCGGAACUUGAAGAGCGUGACGACCCUCGGCCUUAUUUGGAGCAAGCAUCAAAGUGUCCUCUUGAUCAACGAGAUGGUGGAGACGUCGUUGACGGGGCGGUCGCCCUUGUAUCUGAAGUUCAGAAAGGCGUUGAAGUGCUUCAUAAUCCGCCGGUGCCCUUUGUGAAGGAGCUAGAGAAUCUUAAACCAGGCCUAAAAAUAAGCAUUUCUGCAAAACCUACAAGAACAGCUCAUCGUUUUCAUAUCAAUCUCUGUGACAAGGCAUGCGAUGGCAAUAUUCUAUUUCAUCUGAAUCCACGUUUCGACCAACAGUACGUGGCUUUGAAUUCAAAACAAAACGGCUCCUGGACUACUGAGGAAGGGAUCCAGGACUUUCAGUUCUCCCAGGGCGUACAUUUUGAUCUGACGAUGCUCAUCUCCGAGCAGGAAGUCACCGUAUCCUUCAAUCGCAAACACUUCACAGAUUUCAAGCAUCGCCUCAAACAUAUACAGGCUUUUAGGUUUAUUGUUAUUGAAGGCGAUGUAGUCAUCUCUUCUAUUCGCCUCCACAAGGCCUAGACCAAACUAAUCAUUCAGAAACAAGCUAAUGACAAACACUGAUAAGGAAAACGACAAGCUUACGGUCACAUAUAAUUUUACACAGUGCGUGAUAUCCUACUUUCUCUAAGAACGUGUUGUUUUAUUUAUCGCAAAUCAAGAAUCAUGCUUGCUAUAUUAAUUUACUGAUUAAUUAAUUAAUAACUAAGUUAAUGCCCCGGCACAUUUUACAAUAUAUUUAUAAUAAAGAAUAUACAAUCCAUACAGACAAAAGUUGUGCGUUACUAUGUACACUUAAUGCUUUUCGCACAUUUUUAAUUUCCGUUGCUUUGGCCGGAGCUUAUGGAUAAUAUACAGGUCGAAUUAUUGUUUUUUUUUAAUGGUAAUCAAAGCCUCCAGCGCUGAGAAUCCACCUCUACCUGAAAUACGCGCAUACAGAAGUUAACUGCUCUGAGCGUUUUGUCCCGCAUCGACCGCAAUGUCGAUGUGCUUUGAAAAAAAACUAUAUAAUUAAUGUAGCGUUUCAUAUUCGUGGAGCCGUAAUUUCCUGUGGAGGAAAGUAUUUUAUGGCAACUUGGUGCCUCUGGUUAGACUAUUUGCCCCUAUCUACCAAGUCAAAAUAACAAUUAAAGGAAAAAGCCAAUAACAACAAGAAUCACUAAACAUCAAACUGCAUAUCGAUUGGCCAUUUUGGUGUGUAUCAGAUGUUUACUGUGUGACGUCUAUCAUAUAUAUGAUCGAUAUUUUGCAGUGUCGUGGUAUUUAGCAGGUAUUGAUCGCAAAGCUAUAUGUGGGGCUAAAUGGCACUUGCACGCAUCGGCGUCUACGUGUUGGGGCUGUUGAACCUCUCUGCAGUGGGGGAGCUAUUUGUUCCUUAACGUGACAGCGGUAGAAGCAAUGUACAUUUUGUAUUCAUAUUCUAUAUUCAUUCACACUGUCCCUCUUAUAUAGAGUACAUAAAUGUGGCGUACUUAUGCAAGAAAAAUAUAUGGCUGUAUGCGUAUAUAAACAUAUAGACAUGCAUAUUACUCUAUAGACAUACUAUACGUGUAUGGUAAUAUAUUUUUAUUCGAUGUUUUCUUGCUUGCAACAACUAGAACCUACCUAGAAACAAGCUGGAACUUAACAGGUGGCAAUCUUACUGUAAACAUUUACCAAUUAUUCGCUAAACAUAUGCGCUUUACAACGGCGGCCCUUUGCCUGGAAGAUCGCAGUUGGUAAUUUAUUUUUAGAUUAAAAUAAAAUUGCGGCUUGUCAUGUUAAGCAAAAGAAUACUAUUGAUUGCGCUAAUAUUCGUAUAUUUUCCUCAUUGGCGGCCAUGCUCAAAAUCGACCGACCUCCACAUAUAUACACUCAUCUGUUUGAAAUUGACCUAAAGUCUCGUAAUCUGAAAUCAUCUAACAUCACGCGUUAGUAGGACAAAUGUGUACCUGGUAAUGGCUUUCGAAUGCCUCUGAAACAUUACUUACACAGUCUCAAAAACUUCAAGGACUUACACAGUCCCGAAAAAACGUUUCGAAGAAGCGUAAAUAGGCGCAUAAUAUGAACGCCUGUGUUGAGUAAAUAGGAUUAGAAGUUAGGUGUCGAUUAAAAAGAUGUGUAGUACUUGUGUCGCGCCGAGUUUCUUCGCGACAUCCAGUCUUUCAACUGAGUAAUUGUUCUUAACACUAACCAAUGCAGUCCUUUUGAAAUAUUUUAAAGUAAACCCUGUUGCAAUAAAAUUCAAUGACGCAGGAAAAACUAUCACGUAAUACAACUAGUCCGCCAAUAUAUAACCAACUACGCUAAUAUGAGUUCCUAUGUCUAUAAGUAGGCAGUGUUUAGGCUAAGGUUAAUUCAAACUUAGGGUCGAAAAUAAAUUGAUACUUUAAAUGUACAAACUGUACGAGGUUAUGUAGCCCUACUGGAUUAGCGUAUAUCUAAAUACUAACAAAGUUCAAAAUCCUUAUUCUUGACUGGUCAAAGAUGUACGUAAAAUUAGUAGCAACUGUUUCACUUGGGUAGAGUGCUCACAUGAAGUAUCUGGGAUGGUUUAUAUUUCAGUGAAGAACUUUGCUAACUAGUAAGAUCGUGAUUGCACGUCGUCUUUGUCUGCGUUAUAACGUUUUGUUGCGAGGAACAAAUUAUUUGUUCCCGAUAUAAUUGAUUUCAACAUUUUAUUGACAGCUCAUAAAACUGUUCAUUUUACAUA